AUGGAACACAUUGUGACCUUCUUAAGAGGACGGCUUCUAUCAUCAUCUCAUGAAAUUCAAUAUUUUGAAGAAGAGUUAUCUCGCGUUGAACAUACAAUUCGUGAUACGAUUAUCAAUGGCAUAAGUAAUUCUAUGCUUCUGGUAGGGCGCAGAGGAAGUGGUAAAACUCAUUUAUUGAGAAGUGCCCUGGAAAAGCUCAAACAGGAUCCAGUUGUUAAAGAAAACUUGAUUGAAAUUUAUAUCAACGGUCUUAUUCAUACAGAUGAUAGAAUAGCUCUCCAUUCUAUUGCUACACAACUUCAAAGAUCCUGUAGUGGGCUCUCCGUUAAGCCAGAUUUACUCAAACUUGUCGAUGAUGACAAUUCAGAUGAAGGGACGGACCCAGUUAUUGCUGAAAUACGAAUGCAAAGUUUUGCUAAACAUCUACGUUGGCUGCUUUCGUGUCUUCGAAGCAGUGGUGAUUCUUCGAAAGCUUUACUUGUUGUUCUUGAAGAAUUUGAUCUUUUCGCCGCACAUCGUAAUCAAGCUCUACUAUACAAUCUUCUUGAUGUUAGUUGCCAUGCCGAUGGAGCCCCUCUUUGUAUAAUUGGCCUAACUUGUCGUCUGGAUGUAAUGGAGAUGUUAGAAAAACGAGUCAAGUCCCGUUUCUCUCAUCGUCAACUUCACGUCAUUCCAGUCACAGCCCCUCGCCUCACUGAUUCCUCAAUGACAACCACUGUCUCAGCUCCAAUCGAUGACGAUGUGAGUGAUGAUGAAAGAAUUGAUGGUCCAGUGAGCCCCUUCCAGAGAUAUUGCCUUCUUGCCACCAACCUCCUGCUCAUCCCUGAUGAUCAACUCUGUCAGAUUACUGCCGCUUUGCCUUCAAGUGAACGCAGGUUGGUCACAAAGGAAGUGGCGGAGUGGAAUGUGCAUGUCGAGGCAUUCUUCCGGGAUGAAGUGGUGAGAGACUGUCUAAGACAAACUUGGGAAGUUUCUACGUGUGUGGGGAAGCUAAAGAAUGUCAUAGCUCUGCUUAUUCCUAGACUGAAUGAAUCAAGGGCACGUCUAAAUGCCCAAGAUUUCAUCAAUGUUCUCUCCAUGCUUCGACAAGAUGCAAAGACCUCACUUUUACCAAGCCUAUCAAUUCUUGAAUUGAUUCUUAUUACUGUUAUGGUGAAAUUGCAUGACAUUCAUGAUGGUCAAGCACUCAACUUCGAGAUCGUUUUCAAUGAGUAUUCGCGUUUCUGCAAGAGCAGAUGUCCUAACUACCUCUAUGAAAAGCGUGUAGUGUCCAAGGCGAUGGACAAUUUGAUUCAACUUGAGUUGGUCGUGUGUGGCCGAGAUGCAAUUGCAUCAGUGUCCGCCGAUCCGUGUGUUCGAGCUCGUGGUCGCCCGAAAAGAUUUAAUGUGGCCGCAACAGUUAACUUACCAGGUCAAUUAAAACGCUUUCAACCGAUAGCUUGUUUUGUUUCGGCACCACUUUUGGUUGCUUGCCUAGAUGCCUACUCGGGAUGUCCAAUUGAACUGUCUCAGUGGGCUCAUUCGAGAACAAUGUAA